CAGCCGCCCCACCCUCCCCUCUCGUUCUCCCAUUUCAAACUUGCACGCCCAUCUCUCUCUUUCUCUCUCUGGGUGUGUUCGUGGGUCGUGGGUCGUGGUGGGUGUGGAGGGGAGAGAGAGAGAGAGAGAGAGGAUGGGGGCGGGCCGAGAGGCGUCGAUCUCGCUGGACGGCGUGCGGGACAAGAACGUGAUGCAGCUCAAGAAGCUCAACACCGCCCUCUUCCCCGUCCGCUACAACGACAAGUACUACGCCGACGCCAUCAUCUCCGGCGACUUCACCAAGCUCGCAUAUUACAAUGACAUUUGUGUUGGAUCAAUUGCUUGUCGACUUGAGAAGAAGGAAGGCGGGGCAUUCCGUGUAUACAUAAUGACGCUGGGUGUUUUAGCACCAUAUCGUGGGCUAGGGAUCGGUACUAGGUUGUUGAAUCAUGUUCUCGAUCUUUGCACCAAGCCGAACAUUUCAGAGAUCUACUUGCACGUGCAGACUAACAAUGAGGAUGCCAUCAACUUCUAUAAGAAGUUUGGAUUUGAAAUUACAGACACAAUCCAGAAUUAUUACACAAACAUUAGUCCACCAGACUGCUAUGUCCUCACCAAGUUUGUUUCUCAGCCCCAAGCAAAGAAAUGACAGAUUCGCGGAUUGGUUGGUUCUUGAAGUUGGAGAUCAUGGUCAUUGUGCCAUAUUAGUUUACAACAGUGUCACUGGGGACUCUCUCUCUCUCUCUCUCUCUUCAUAUUCUUGAUUCAAUUACUCAGAAACUUUUAAGUUACAUCUGAUGCAUUGCUGAUAAACUGAGUUACUCUUGUAACCUUCUUUUUUUGUUACAAAGAGAGAAAACUAAAUACUCUCUCUAUUACAUGAAGGGCUGCCUAGAAACAUGGAACUUUGUUCGAGAAAGAUGGAACUUUCAACUUUGUUACGUUCUUCGGCCUCAGUUUGAAUGGACAAGCGAUUUUGUACAUCAGGAUCUGGCCUUUUGAAUCUAGUAGCUGGCUGGCUCUUUUA